AUGGACCCGACACCACCACACGUUGAACCCACCGCCGACUCCGGCAAGGCCAAGAAGAAAAGUGGCGGAGUUAUGAAGAUCUUCAAGGUUGCACUCUUCAUGCUCCGCCGUCGGUCCAACAAAUCGAAGGCAACCGUCGACACAAGCUCGGAUAAGAGCAUGUGGCGACGGUUGGUGGGCUCAAUGCGCCCUCUCCACGUCCAAGGAAAUGAAUCCCCUCCUAUGUCAUUGCCUCCAUUGAAAUCAAAGAAGAAUUUAGAGGAGUUGUCAAUGACAUGGUCAUUAUCGCCAUCAUCACCAUCAUCGUCGUUGUCGUUUACUCGUACUUCGAGGUCUUCUUCUUUUGGCACAAGUAAGUAUGCUUCUGCCAUCAAUCUUCAAGAACUCGAUGGUAGAAACGAUGACGACAAUGACAAAAAUGUCAUUGAAGACAAUAAUGGAGGCGAUGAGAUGAUCGAUGCAAAGGCGGAGGAGUUCAUUGCGCAAUUUUACGAGCAAAUGAGGCGUCAACAUGGCAACGAUUGA